AUGGCUUCACCACACCACGUCCUCAUCCUCGGCGGCCACGGCAAAAUCGCCCAGCUUCUCACCCCACUGCUCCUCAAGCGCUCAUGGACCGUCACCAGCGUGAUCCGCAAACAAGAACAAGUGCCCGCCGUCGAAAAGCUCGGCGCCGGAUUACCAGGCCGUCUCAGCGUCCUUGUCCGAAGCAUCGAAGACGUCGAUAGCCAAGAGAAGGCAGCGAGCAUCUUGGACGAAGUCAACCCAGACUACGUCGCAUGGAGUGCCGGUGCCGGUGGUAAAUACGGCGCUGAAGGCACAUACCGCAUCGACCGUGACGCCGCAAUCAACUUCAUCAACGCCGCCGCCGCCAAACCCUCCAUCAGCCGCUUCCUCCUCGUUUCCUACAACGGCUCCCGUCGCAAAGCAGCUCCCUGGUGGACAGCCAGCGAAUGGGAAGACUACCACAAGAACAUCAACUUUGGCGUACUAGCGACCUAUUACCAAGCCAAGAUCGCCGCCGACGAAGUCCUAUACGAAGUUUCCAAGCAGAGCCCAACUUUGGUAGGCAUUGACCUCCGCCCGGGCAGAUUGACAGACGAUCCCAAAGGAAAUGUCACACUAGGUAGAAACAAGAACGUCAAAGGGGAAGUCCCUAGGGAAACUAGCGGGUGGAUAGAUUUGCUGCAGGGCGAUGAUGAUAUCAACGAAGCUGUUGCCGCCGUAGUCCGUGAUGGCGUUGAUGCUGCUGAGGGCGAAGACAUUUAUGCAAAGUACGCGUAG